AUGAGGUACCUGAAAGAGUGCAGGCUACUCUGCUGUGUGUACCUUUUGGUAGCAGGGAUUGGAACAUUGGCCUUGAGGAACAACAAAGUUGACGGGGGUACCCUAGAUAUACAGGGGAAGCCAGAAGGGAGAGAAGGUGUGAAGGAGCAAAAAGAGGCUUCGAAUAAGAACAACAUUCUGGACAGUAUCGUGAUCCCGCAAGAUGCAUUAGAAAGUGCCAAAAGUGUGUGCGAGGGUGUUGUAAUAAAAGGUAAGGAAUUUAAAGAAUUCUGCAAGAACACAUUUUUUUUCAAAGAAAUCCAGCUUAUAAAAAAGAACGAGCCGAAUCUGUAUGGACAGAUAUCAGGUGAAUCGUAUGAAAGCACAGAUACCUCUAGCUUCCAGGUCCUAAAAGAUGAGGGAGAUAAGAAGGUCGUAAUGGAGAACGACAAACACAAUCCGAAGAUAUCCAUUCUUUUUUUAUUUCAAAAAAUGUGCGUUGGGGGAAUCCCUCUGGCGUGCACUAACAUACUCAAAGUGGACAACAUGUUUGACGUGAAUCAGACUGAGCAGCAAGGUGGGGGCAGUGCGGACAAGGCGGAAGAGGAAGAAGUGGAAAGUGAAAUAACAGGCUCGGCGGAGGAGGGAAGCCAGGGGGUCUCGGAAAGCGUCACGGACCUGACCGAGGAGAAGAGUUGA